AUGUCCUCCCACUCGGCUACUGGCGCUGACCGUGCCGGGCCCGAUCGCCCCACAGGCGGCCCUCCCGGCUCUGUUUCGGCCCACGAGGCGAGCCGCGUGCCUGGAUCGGGGUUAUCUUCGGCGUACCCUGUCCUCAAUCCGUAUACCUCGGGCGCCUCACAGGGCCCCGUUCGCCCACCACCUCCCAUCCUCGCAGGCGGCUCUUCUUCAUACACUGGCUUUGGCUCGUACAUCUCGGACAAGCAGCGCGACCGCGACCGCGACCGAGUUCGACAGAUGGAAAGGGACCGCGAUCAGCAACAGCACCAGCAACAGUUGCAGCAGCAGCAGCAGCAGCAGCAGCAGCAGCAGCAGCAGCAACAGCGCGAUAGGCGCGACAGCGGCCCCCAGCCGCCCUCGUCCAAACCCUCUGGCCCCGACACCUCCCCAGGACGCCCUCCCAACACACAGCAGCCGUACGGGUCGCGCAAUCUUCUCUCAACGUCACCUACUCUCUCGAGCAGGCCCAAUCCUGGCCCACCGCCAUCCUCGUCGGCAGCCUCAAAGCCUCCCGCCCCCAUGCCCCCUUCUUCGGCCUCGCUCGCUUCUCGUCCCGGCGUCAGGCUGCCUGCCUUUUCCACCCUCGGUUCACGACCACUCGGAGCACCUUACGACGGACCCGGCGGUCGCGCACGCUCCGGAAGCACGUCAAGCGUUGGCACACCGGCCGGCGACAAGCCUCCUCCUUCCAGCGCCCAUCACCGCAACCUCUCCGCCAGCAGCAAUCCCCGUGGCGACACAGGUGGACUGCCUCCCAUGAGUCAGACAAGCCCGAUCAAGUCCAACGCCCCACCACCUCCCUCUGCAGCGGGGCGUGGUCUCAUCGGCGGACCACCUCCCCUCCCAGGCGGUGCACGCGACCCUCCCCAGCGCUCGCCCGUGCAGUCCACCGCUUCGAUUACGACCUCGCCGCAGCAGCAGACGCGCGAGCCGCCGGCUCCUGCUGGUGGCGCCAAGCCCACGGGCGCAACGGCGACGUCCGCAUCACAGCGCCCACCUUACUCGAGUUCUUUCAGCUCGACGUAUGCGUCAGCGUACACACAGCCGUACAGCUCAUAUGGCCUCGGUAGCGGUUUCUUGGGCAGUGGGACUGGCUACCAGUUCUCUUACACGCAGCAAGAGCGCGACCGCCGUGAACGCGAGCAGCGUGAACGUGAACGAGAGAAGGAGCGCGACCGCGAGCGUGACAAACAGAGGGAGGUAGAGCGUGAGCGUGAACGAGAACGCGAGCUCGCAGACAGGCAGCGCCGCGAGCGCGAGAUUGAGCGCGAGCGUGCCGCUGCCGCUCAACUUCAGCGAGACCGCAAACUCGACGCGGAGCGAGAAGAUCAACUCCGUUUGGAGCGCGAAAAGGAGCGUCGCCCUGGCUUUGGUGUGCAAACUAAGCCUUUCCAACCUCCGCGCUCCGAGCCGCAUCCAUACAACGACAUUUACGGCCGCUCUCGCGCCCCUCCUGGUGCGCCCUCCAUGCAACAGCCCUCCAUAAGCGAGAACAAGUACACGAGGACAAUCGAGGUCAUCAACCGUCCCAGCGAGCACCCAGCCGACCGUCCCAGCGCGCCGGCGCCAGCGUCGGCAUCGGUGUCUGCGCCCCCGCCAGCUCCAUCGGCCCCUCCUCCAUCCGCUCAGCCGGCUGCUGGGCGGGAGAGGCCGUACAGCUACAAGCCGCAGGAGACGCGUGACCAUCAAUACCAACCCCGAGAUGUCAAGCGUUCGCGCAUGGACCAGGCUAUCGAAGAGCAACAGGCGGCAGCGGCUGCUGCUGCUGCUGCUGCUGCUGUCCAGAUUCAGGCCCCAGCGCCGCCCGCGCCGCCCGCAGCCGCUGCUCCUCCCCCUGCUGCUCGCCGCACAGCUGCAGGUGGUAGUCGUGCAAAGAAGCGCAAGGAGGACGAGAAGAAGCCACCUGCCCGCGAUUGGUCGCAGCUCACCACGGCCAUCAAGACCUGGCCCAAGGUCUCGAGUGCGCCCGUCGAAACCUGGCUCGAGAACAAGAGCAGCGAUAUCACACAGCGCAUUGUGGGCCGCGACGUUUAUCGCGGAGAGAACUGGUCGCUCGCUCAGACGUCGUUGUCAAUGGAGGACUGCGUGGGUGGCGUCGCAAUCAUCCGCUUCAGCGGUGCUUUCCUUGGCUCCAAGUGGAAGGUUCGCGGCGAGCCCGGAUGGGAUGAAGCGAGUACGGAGCCUGUGCAUCUCCCGGGCGAGCGCAAGAUCUGGGGCACGGACGUCUACACGGACGACUCUGAUCUGGGGCUCGUCCUGAUCCAUGCAGGGUGGAUCAGGUGGGGCGGCACGAGCACGUACGACAAUGACGCUAUCAAUGUGACGGUGCGCAUCGUGCCGACUCUCGUGCACUACACAGCUACGGAGCGCAACGGCGUCACGACCCGCGGGUGGGGCAACUCGCAUGAUGGAGCCAGCAUUGUUAUCGAGGGUGUCGAGCGCAUUCGCCUCGACAAGUUUAGCAUGGGUAGAAUCCCACAGUUCAAGCGCCGCAAGAUGGCUAUGGUCGAAAGAGCGCUCCAGGCUAGCGCACUGAAAAUGUACGCGCCCGCGCCAAUCGACCUCGAGGCGGCCGCUGGUGUGCUCUUUGAGGACAGGUUGAACACGCCUAAACCCCGCCAGUACCCCGCUCUCUGGGACCAGGAGGUGAAGCUCAUUCGCGGGCAGUUCGUUGCCGACUACACGCCUGAGGCGAUGGCGUCGUACCUCGAUCUCCCGGGCGACGAUAUUGACGAAGGCUCGCCGAGUCUCUGGACGCACGACCUCUACUUUGGCAACAGCAAGGAACGGUACCGCGUUGAGCUGAGCACCACCGCGCGCGGCGCACCGCGCCUGCACGUCUCAUGGACCAAGGCUGCGGCCAAUCCCGAGGAGUGGGCCGCGCCCGAUGACCUCGCAAGCGACGUUGAUCCCCGCAGGGUGUACUGGGCCGAGGAAGGGAUGGCGAUCUCCAUGGAGCGUGAAGGAGACGACUUCGUGGGCGUGCUGUGCCCAGCGCAGGUUUACGGCUGGCAGAUUCGCGCCAAGCCCGUCGCUCAGACCGUGGACGAGAACGAGGAGCUUCCUCCCAAGAAGCCGUCCAGCAAGUCAUCCCUCGAGUCGCCGGUGAAGUCGCCCGCACAUUCGCCCGCACAUUCGCCCGCCCAGUCGCCCGCUCAGUCGGAGAACAGAGACGCGAUGGACGUGGAUUCCAAGGAAGCAGUCGCAGCUUGA